AUGGCCUCACCAACAAAGAGAGCCCCAUCCAGGCGAGCAGCUCUAACAAGUCGACCAACCAUCAUCAACGACGAAAACGUCUCUCCCUACCGCGAAUCCUCGCUUUCUCUGCAACCCUCCGAACCACCCUCCUCACCUCUAAUCUCGAAUACUUUCCUCUACAACUUACCCGAUCCAACACUUGGCUUUCCAGCUGCCUCAAGCAGCAUUCUUCCGAGUCCAUUCAAGCGUUCGGCUAUCGCUUCGCUCAAUAAACCGCUUCCACGAGAGCAGACACAAGAGCUUCCAAAAUCAGCUCCUGCUCCAUCUUUCAGCACGGACGUCGCAAAACUUAUGCAAGCAAACCUAAACGCUCCUGGUGGUCUGCCUACUCCGCCUAGCUCAUCGGAAGCUCUAACCACCACUCCCGCCGGUCCGGGGAAGCAUACUCUUGCAGCGCUGCCACGCGAACCUGUUUCUCCUUCGCCAUCGCGUAUCCGUAAUGCUAUCCUUUCGCCAGCCAGAGCUUCUCCGGCGAAAGUUUUACGGGAUGGCCCUGCUACGCCAAGCAACCGUCGCUUGCUUUCCAGCAAUAAUCAAGAUACGCAUGAGGACGAAGAUGAUGUAUUCAAAGGAUCGUCCACUGAUCGCACUCCCACGAGACUAAAUGCUCUUUCUGAAGUCGAAUCAGAAGAAGAAGAAGAAGAGGAGGAGGAGGAGGAGGAAGAGAUCCAGUUGGUUGGGAUUAGACGUGGUGGACCAGACGCAACCUUCAUCCGCGAGAUUAAGGAGAAUGGGUGGGAUCAACCCCUGCCUCCCUCGCCGAUUAAGUUUACGUACCUCCAGCCCGAUCCUCCGCGAACUAGACGGCAGUCGAGUGUGGGGUCUAGGCCACGAUCGAAGACUCCUUCGGUAUCUGCUCCUUCUCGUGCUUCUUCGAUGGUGGUGGAGGAAGAUGGGGAGGGGGUGUCGGAUGAAUCUAUCAAAAGCUCCACUUCUCAACUCACCAGUCUCAGCAGAAUAAGUAGGAGCAGAAGAGGAGGGAGAGUGUCGGUUGCUAGAAGUUCAGCUCAACCUCCAGUAGUGGCUGAUUUGACAAGAGAUCAUCCUUCGCUGCCGGAUUCGCCAGGAGAUGAUCCGUUGCUGUUGACUGGUCCAGAUACUUUCAUCGUCUACCAUGAGGGGACACCCAGCGCAAAGCAGCACGCCCGUGUUGCAAGGGCUAAAGGGGAUGCCAGUAUGUCGCUUACCCAUUCUACUCCUCUUCCGACUGCGGCGGCGGGGCAGAGAAGGGAUAGUAAUGGUUCGGAUACCUCUUCGGGCGGUCAGAGAUCUUUGUAUGCCCAUAUGUCCGGUCGUACAGCAGCUGCUGCUGAGGGCCAAGUUUCAUUCGAUGACGCAGAAGAGGAGGAAGGUGCAACAGCAUCUCCCUUUUUGCCUUUUGACGAUGAAGGCUUUGCCUCCGAGUCUGAUGAUGAAGCGGGGCCACUUGUCGCACAAGAUGCCACAGCCGUGCAAGAGGAGGGGGUACUGCGGGAGAUUGCAAGUAUGAGCGACAUCUCACCAAGCUUUGCUGACGAGUCGGCAUUGCGCAAAGAGCAGGUCGAGGUGAAGGCUUCGAUACGGAUGGUGAACGAGAAGGUGCUAGCUGAAGGUCCGGUUCAGAGUAUGGACGCCAGCGUGGGAGAGCAGAGCCUUGAUGCUAGCGCCACAGUGGAUAGCGAAGCUGAAGAUCAGGACGAGGAGGACGAGGCGACAACUCACAACACCAGCGUGGUCGCCAGUAUGGACGCAAACCCUGACCACACAGACGAAAGCGAGGACCAUGAAUCCGAAGAGGCUGAAGGACAGCAAGUCGCAGCGGACGUCUCGCUCGCCGGCCAAACCCUCGAUAGCGGCCAAACUCUCGAUAGCGAACCCAACGAGACCGCAGACUUCAACGACUCGGCCCGCGCUGAUACGACACGCGAUGUAGCAGAAAACGCGGUGAAUGUCUCUCAAUCGAACGAGGUUAGCGAGGAGGAGGAGGAGGAGGAGGGACCCGAAGCCUCGCAUGCAGCGGACGAGUCACAGAUGCAUGCUUCUGCUUCUGCUUCCCUGGACGCGGACCAAAGCAUGGACAGCUCCAUGACCAGCCACGCUAGCACUCACGCAGAUGAGUCAGGAGACGUAGAUGUCUCGCACCAAGUGGCAGACGAGUCCAUGGCGAGUUCGACCCUCAGCAACCCGGGCGAAGAACUUGACGAGUCCCGCCAAGAAGCAGCAGAGACAUCAGUCAUUGUAGACGAGUCAAUGGCAAGCUCAGACCACAGCGAAGCAUCCGACCAAGGUGUGGACGAGUCGCUACAAGUCGACGCGUCGCAGCAAAUCCAUCCUUCCCUCCGAUCAGAAGCGGCAGGAGAGAGCUCCAUGGCCAGCACAGAUCUGUCUGAAGCAGAGGCCUCUUUCGACAGCUCAGACCUGGGAAAAGAUAACGAGGGAGCUGCUGAGGAAUCUCAAGUAGCUCAUGACGUCUCUGUCGUCGACGAUUCUCUCAUUUUUGACGAAUCGCACGUUGCUGACCAAUCCGCCAGCCAUCAAGACCCCAUUGACCAGCAUGAUGAACAGCAAACCGUUUCCUUUGCGGAUGCCGAUUCACCCGUCCGCACUUCACUCCAGUUCGUCGAAGCCAUUCGUGCCUUCCCCGCCAUUCACGGUGAUCCUAUCAUCUCACCUCCUCACCCGGUCGUCCUCAUCGAUGCUCUUCCUCGUGAACCUCAAGCUAGCUUCGCCGCUGGGGAAGAAUCUGAAGAUGUCGAGAUCGAAUUCUCCACUAGCAAUGUCUCUGUGGAGAGUUUGGGCAUGCGGCAUUCUGAAUCUGUUUCGUCUGAGCUCUCUGCUCUGUCUUCCAUCGCGGAUCUGGGUGAAGGGGAGGAUGAGGAGGAGAUGCGAAAGAAGUAUGAAAGCAAGGGUGGUAGUAGAAAUACGCUGGUGGAUAGGUCGAGGAGGUUAUCUUUGAGUACUGAUUCCGAACCAGAUCUUUCCCGAAAAGAGGAGGGGAAGAGUGACGGCGAGUGGGAAGAUGUAGAAACGGGCAGAGGUACCAAGACAAACCGUUCCAGCACUAUCGCCACACCCGCUGCUGAAGAGGAGAGUGACGAGGAAGAGGAAGAGGAAGCGGAUGAUCUCUCCUCGUCUUCCAAUUCCGCUGUCGAACAGGGUCGCUCUGAAGCCGAAGAUCAUGAUAAUCAUGACGAACAGGAAGAAGAGAGCGACAACGAAGAAGAGGGCAGCGAGGAGGAAAAAGACGAAUCUUCGCAACUGGACGAAGAAGAGCCAAAUUCAGCAUCACUUCAAGAAGCUGUGAUUAUUUCUCCUUCUACUUCUCCCUCUGCUCAUUGCAACUCCGAAUCAGACGAAGAGGAGGAGGAAGGUUACGUAGUAGAAGCAGUAGUCCGUGACUCUCGCGAUCGCUUUUCAACAACCCACAGUGUAUUCGACGAAACCGAUUCAGCUCUGAUCCAUACUCUUUCCCUUCGUCAACCUCAUCAUCCUUCCACCUCUCAGCUUGACGUUACCGGAGAUGCAUCCCACUCGAGGAGUCGGGUGAUGAAGCUCAACCAACCAACCUCUACUCCUAUUGUCGAGAUCUCUUCAUUGGACCCCAGGGCUGCGGCGAGGGCAACGGCUAUAUUGAAGUUGUUCCAUAAAUAUGUUGAUGAAGGAUAUAUUGCGGGAGGGGGGGAGAUGGGGGAGGUGACGGAGGGUAGGAUGAGGAGGGUUGUUGAUGCUAUACGUGAUGCCGAUCGACGGAGGCAAGAGGAGGAGGAGGAAGAGGAGGAGGAGGAAGAGGGGGAGGGAGGUAGGGAUCUAACGACGUUACUUAUGGAUGCAGAAUUAUCGCUUGCUAGGGAGGAUGAGAGGGCCGAAUCCGGAUCUCUUAUUGGAGGGAGUAUCGGGGUGAGGUCGCCAGCUACACCUUUCUUACCGGGUGGGUUUAGAGGUACACCAGUGCAAACCUCAGCAAGCGUCAGUGGAAGGAUGCUGGGCAAGAGAAAAGAGCCUCAUGCUCUUCCCGUCGGUACUCGGGAUCGUAGCACACGCUCGCGCCGCCGAUCUUCUAGCAUUGCUGAAAUCUCGAUUGGAACAUUGGACCCUCGCUCCUGGGAUACGAGCGAUUGGGCGAGGUUAGAAAAGUACUUUACUUGUUCCAUCAAAACCUCGGCUCAAAUGGGAGAGCAUAGUGCUUCGCGUACGGAUAAAGCUCGUCGAUAUGUCGACGCGCUCCUCUCGACCAACUUAGAAGGAGCUGCUUCUGCGUUGCUUAGCGAGCUGCACAUCCCUUCUUCUCUUCGCAUACACGAGUGGUCUGUGGAGAAGUUGGAGUAUAGGUUGCAAGCACUUCAGCGUAAAUACUUGCGCAAGGUCGAAGCUAAGUACCCUGAUGCCUUCCAAUCGCAUCACUUGGAGGAGAGGAGGGAAGGGGGGGAAGAGACUCUUCCAAGUGGCGAUCUAGACUGGAGUCUCACAGCAAACAUAACCGCCGCCACUGCUCCUCCUCCGCAGGGAGCAAAAGGGAGGGUCAGUUUUGGAACACCCUUUCGCAUGGGCAUGCACUCGACUCCCGCUGUUGGCUUGCUCAAACGUGCCACACAGAAUGCUGCACAGGCUUCUUGCCGGCAGCAAGCGGAAAGGUUGUAUCCUGAAUUACCCGUUUCACCUUCACCUGCAACCCCGAGUCAGGGCGAUGAUGGAGUGAUUAGAAAAGCAGGUCGACUGAUUUCGAGGCUGAGUGGAAGUUUUGCUGGCUUGGUAUCAAGUCCGCGCCCAUCGCAGGAGGAACAAAGAGGCGAUAAGGGGAAGGGGAAGGGGAAGGGGAAGAGAAAAGCGACAGAGGCAGAACUCAUUGCUGCUUCACCGUCGGUCUCAACGAGGAGACGCAUGGUAGAGGAAGCGGAUGUAUCAGCUUCUACGAACGCUAGUCUUAGCUCUGGUCGAGAUUCGUUUGUUGAUUCGCUGUUGGGUGGUUCGGUGACCAAUGCGACUUCGAUCGAGCCUGACACUACCGCUUGCCCUCCUCCGACCAAGCAGUCAAGGCUUCCUAUCGCCACUUCUACGGGCGCACAACCAGCAGAAGAGAGAAGAACGGUAGUUGCGCCGAGGGUGAUCGUCGAUCUACCGCAACGCGGACCGCAACCCAGAGGGCAACGCAUUGCAGGACAAAAGGGUUUCACCUCCUCCCUAAACCUAGCUGGUGGAUCAUCAGGAGUCUCUCACACACCACUUUCUUUGCUUUCCCCCAACACGCACCGUGCAGCAGCGAAAAAGGUGGAUGAAUUAAGACAAAGUAGGAGGGAGAGAGGUUGGCUCAGUCCUCGCAAACAAAGGCUACAGCAGCCUACUAGAACUAGGUCGAUCGCGGCCGGACAGACUACGAGGACCACUUGGAACGGCGGAAAGGAAAGCGGUCGAAGGGGGACAAGAGAGGAGCAGGUGGAGCGAGCUGAUAGCAGUGGAAGUGGGAGAGAGGCAAGUAGAGGGGAUGGAAGCACGUCUUGCUCCUCAUUAGCAGAUGUGAUUAGUUGCAGAGCUGCAGUUGAAGCUGUUCAACAGAGACGUCCGGGUCAAUUGUCUCGUCGAUAG